CGUCGCGGUUUUCGUUAAAUUAGAGUCGGCGUUAAUUCGAAUCACAUGACUCGCAACAAGCGCAUGCGCACACUCUAGCGUGCGAGUCUAGCAAGCUUCAAAGACGUUUCCCUUUACUUUGACAACUCCCGGAGAACCUUUGGGUCAAAAUGAAGGCUGCAACUGUAGCACUUAUCUUUACGGUCUUGGCUUUGAGCUGCAACGCUCUCGUGCGGGUACCCUUGCAUCGCAUCGAGCGCUCCGUGAGUGACGUGGUGAUGAUGCGGUGCACCAGGCAACUGCUGCGGGAGAAAUAUUCCAGAGAACAGCCCAGGAAACUGGGGUCUGCGCCCGAACCGCUUACAGACUAUCUAGACGCGCAGUACUAUGGUAACAUCACCAUAGGAACGCCUCCACAAGAGUUUAGAGUUGUUUUCGACACCGGAUCGUCCAAUCUCUGGGUUCCUUCCAGCGAAUGCUCUCCACUUGACAUUGCCUGUCGUUUUCAUCACAAAUACGAUCACAGCAAGUCUUCAACCUACAAGAAGAAUGGAACGUCGUUCUCAAUUCGCUAUGGCACAGGUGCCUUGAAAGGAUUUUUGAGUGAAGAUGAUGUCACGGUUGCAGGGUUGACGGUGAAAGGUCAGACGUUUGCUGAAGCCACACACCAACCAGGAAUAACAUUCAUUGCGGCAAAGUUUGACGGAAUUCUGGGAAUGGCAUGGCCGUCCAUUUCAGUGGACAAAGUGGAACCCGUCUUUCAGAAGAUGGUAGACGAAGGAGUUGUGAAAUCUGCCAUCUUUGCUUUCUGGCUUGACAGAGAUGAGUCUGGUAAAGAAGGCGGGGAGCUGUUGCUAGGAGGCACGGACCCCAACCACUACUCAGGGAACCUCACUUACGUUCCCCUCAGCAGCGAGACCUACUGGGAGUUCAAAAUGGACUCGAUCUUGGUUGGAGGGAAGAAAAGCAACUAUUGCGAGAACUGCAAUGCCAUUGCUGACACCGGCACCUCCCUGCUUGCCGGGCCAGCCGACAUGGUCACAGAGUUGAACAAACAGCUCGGGGCUUUUGAAAUUCCUAUCGUGCACGAGUGGGUCUUUACUUGUGACGAACUCUCCAAACUUCCAAAUGUUGCAUUCGUCAUAAACGGAGAUACAUUUGAACUAACACCCAAUGAAUAUGUUUUGAAGGUACAAGAGGGAACUGAAUCGCUAUGUCUUAGUGGAUUCAUAGGCAUCGAUCUACCACCUGAUGUUGGUCCUCUCUGGAUCCUAGGUGACGUAUUUAUUGGAACAUUCUACACCGAAUUUGACCUCCAAAACAAACGAGUUGGAUUUGCUCCCUCUAAAUAACUGUUAGCUAAAGCCACGUGACACUGAUAUGUACUACUGCUGUGUAUAUUACAUACAUGAACUGAUAUGGAUUUUAUUGUUGUGCUCUUUGUGUGGUUUCAGUCCGCCGCAUAUUGCGCAUGCGCACAUCCAAAAGCCGCUCGAUAAAAACGGGUGAGCACGCGCGUGGUGUCGUUUCUUUGCUAUAGCUGCAGACUGUAACUUUUAGUCCAGCCAAGGGGAAGCGAGGAAGUAUGCGUCUUUCCAUUCUGCUCGUUCUGGUUGUCUGCACUGUUCAGACCUUCUGCCAUGUUACCAGAAUCCCUCUCCAGAAGCGAGGCCGUCUCCAAGACGUCCAGCAAUUCUCGCGCUCUCUCCAGUUCACCAAAUGGCGCUACGAGCUAGGUCUGGACAAACUUCGCUCGCUGAAAGACUCGCCCGAACCCCUGACUAACUACCAAGACCUCUACUAUUAUGGGAACAUAUCAAUUGGAACUCCAGUGCAGAACUUCACCGUCAUCUUUGACACUGGGUCCUCAAAUCUGUGGGUCCCCUCUGCAGAGUGCGAUCCUUCUGAUAGAGCAUGCCAGAUUCACCACAAGUACUACCACAACAGAUCGAGCACCUACGUCAAAAACGGGGAGAAAUUCUCGAUUCAAUACGGAACAGGAAGUCUCAGUGGCUUCCUCAGUCAGGACACAGUGACUAUUUCUGGAAUAAAGGUUAAAAAUCAGAUCUUUGGCGAAGCUACCAAACAGCCAGGCAGUACGUUCAUUGAUGAUAAAUUUGACGGCAUUCUUGGGCAUGGGGUGGCCAGCUAUAGCUGUCGACAAGGUGGCGCCAGUCUUUCAGAACAUGGUGGCCCAGGGUCUCGUCGCAAAACCGGUUUUCGGUUUCUAUCUUGACAGGGAUGAUGAAACAGGUGAACUGGGUGGCGAGCUCAUUCUGGGCGGGACUGACCCCACCCACUAUAUUGGGUCACUGGAGUACGUGCCACUCUCUGAGGAAACAUACUGGCAGUUCAAAAUGGGAGGGAUCACAAUCAACCAGCAGAGUUCACCCUACUGCUCUGGAGGCUGUAAUGCCAUUGCUGAUACCGGUACCUCAAUCAUUGUCGGUCCGAGUGACGAGAUAAAGAAGCUCAACACCCAGCUGGGAGCAAAGAUGGAGGAAGGAGCUUACGUGUUCGACUGCAGUAAACUCUGACUCGCUGCCAAAAGUCGGGUUUAAGAUCAAUAGCAUGACCUUCGAACUCUCCGGCCCGGAAUACGUAGUCAACAUAACGCAGAGCUGGUCAGACGUUCUGUCUGAGUGGUUUCCAGGGUCUCGAUCUGCCCCACCCCCUCUGGAUCCUGGGAGACACUUUCAUCGGCAUCUUCUACACCGAGUUUGACAUUGGCAACAAGAGAAUCGGGGUCGCUAGAGCCAGAAUCUGAAUAUAGUGUACUUGCCAGAGUGGCGUGUGGCUUGCUUGAAAAUGUGUGUGUGUGAAAAACAUUCAGUGAACAGAAUAACGAUGUGUGCUUGUACAAUUGUCGACGUUUUGUUAUGCCGCAUCUA